AAAAAAAAACUGAAUAUUAGAAAAAGAAAAUGGAAACAGAAAAAUAAUAAGAAUAAUUAAUUAAAAAUCCUCCCUUUUGGCUCCAUACAGCCUGUCGUCCCUCCUCUCAAUUCUAAUGAUUUAUCAAUUCUUAAUAUUAAAUUCCAUAUAAACUUUUGUCUUGUUUCUUCGAUCCUUCCUUUCUCUCUCUAUCUUAAUUAUUCUUUCUAUACAUGAAAAUAUCCCCCUUUCAUCAUUCGAAAAUUUCUGCUACUUUUUUCCAUAACCUUUUUCUAAUUUUUCCCUUUUUUUUUCUAUGGCGGAGGAGCAUGGAUUUGAUCAAGCAUCCGACGGCGGCCACCGCUUGUGCGUUAACAACUGCGGCUUUUUCGGCAGCUCCGCCACCCAGAAUAUGUGUUCCAAAUGUUACAGGGACGUUUCCCUCCACAAAUCUGCCGAUCCUUCUCCCUUAUUCUCCCCCGUCCCGUUGACCGCCGCGCCGCCGUCGGCGGCGGCCGCGGCGGCGCAGCCGAUCACGGCGGCGGAGGUGGUGGCGCCGCCGACGGCGAGCAGGUGCUGCACGUGCAGGAAGAAGGUGGGGUUGACGGGGUUCAGGUGCAGGUGCGGAACGACCUUCUGUGGGACCCACAGGUACCCCGAGAAUCACGGCUGCACCUUUGAUUUCAAGGCCGUUGGGAAGGAGGCCAUCGCGAAGGCUAAUCCGUUGAUCAAAGCCGACAAGCUGAACAGGAUUUGAUCACAGCCGUCGGUUUGAUGAAUGAUGAUUGAUGAACGGUGACGGCGGUGGGCGGUGGUUAUUAGGAAACGUAGGGGAGCGUGUGUGAAUUCGAUUGUGUAUAAUUUGUAUUAUGGUUUCUUAAAUUAAUUAAUAUAAUUAAUUACUUUUAUUUCGUCAACUCUGCUAUUAAUAUAAAAUUAUUCAUGUA